AGCAAGCAGUGCCUGGCCAGGGCAGUGGGGGUGGGCUGGGUGGAGAGAGUGUACUUGGACCCAGCUCCUGCAGGCAUUAGGGGCCAACUGAGGAGCUAGAGCCACCAGAUCCUAUAUGGAGGGGGUCACUGGUCUGCCUGUGCCCUUGUCCUGGCCUGUUGGAGUGAAUGAGUUUGGGGGCUUGCCAAGAGAAGCCCCAGUUUGGGGCUAGGGAGGCAGAGAAUGAGCAGCCUCCCCAGGUGUUCUUGUGUGCCCCCAGGCCCGGACAUAUAUCCAGUCCCUGCCCCCCAUGCCCCAGAAGGACCUGAGCAGCAUCUUCCGUGGAGCCAACCCCCUGGCCAUAGACCUCCUUGGAAGGAUGCUGGUGCUGGACAGUGACCAGCGGGUCAGUGCGGCUGAGGCACUGGCCCAUGCCUACUUCAGCCAGUACCACGACCCUGAGGAUGAGCCAGAGGCCGAGCCAUAUGAUGAAAGCGUUGAGGCCAAGGAGCGCACGCUGGAGGAGUGGAAGGAGCUCACCUACCAGGAAGUCCUCAGCUUCAAGCCUCCAGAGCCACCGAAGCCGCCUGGCAGCCUGGAGAUUGAGCAGUGACGUGCUGCCCGGCAGCCUCUGAGAGCUGUGGAGGGGCUUGGGCCUGCACCCUUCCACGGCUGGUCUGGUUUCCUUGAGAGGCACCUCCCACACUCCUAUGGUCACUGACUCCUGGCCUAGGACCCCUCGCCUUCAGGAGAAUCUACACGCAUGUAUGCAUGCACAAACGUGUGUACACGUGCUUGCCAUGUGUAGGAGUCUGGGCACAAGUGUCCCUGGGCCUACCUUGGUCCUCCUGCCCUCUUCUGGCUACUGCCCUCUCCAUUGGGAUCUGACUGUGGGGUCCUAGAUGCCAAAGGGGUUCCCCUGCGGAGUUCCCCGUCUGUCCCAGGCCGACCCACUGGGGAGUGUCAGCCUUGCAAUCUUUUCUGUCCCAGGGCUUUCUGGAGGGCGCACUGGGGCUGGGACCCCAGGAGACUCAAAGGGAGAGGUCUCAGUGGUUAGAGCUGCUCAGCCUGGAGGUAGGGGGCUGUCCUGGUCACUGCUGAGACCCACAGGUCUAAGAGGAGAGGCAGAGCCAGUGUGCCACCAGGCUGGGCAGGGACAACCACCAGGUGUCAAAUGAGAAAAGCUGCCUGGAGUCUUGUGUUCAUCCGUGGGUGUGUGUGGGCACGUGUGGAUGAGCGUGCACUCCCCGUGUUCAUAUGUCAGGGCACGUGUGAUGUGGUGCAUGUGAAUCUGCGGGCGCCCAAGGGCCAGCAGCCAUGUCUGGCAAGAAGCUGGAGCUGGGGUGGGCGUGCUGUUGCCUUCCCUCUCCUCAGUUUCUGAUGCCUUGAGGGGUGUUUCAGACUGGCAGCUCCAGUGGGCCAAAGGGCAACCACAUGAGCAUGGGCAGGGGCUUUCUCCUUGGAUAUGGGACCCACAGCAGGUUCCUGAGGCUGGGGGUGGGUGGGUGGUUUGGCCUUGAGACGCUAAGGCACACAGCACAACUGGAUGUGGACUUCGACUCGGACACUUCUGCCCCACACGCUGGCCCACUCUCUACCUCUGCUCACCGUUGUGGCCCUGCAGCAGGAGAUCUGAGGUGCUCUGCUCUGUGGGUCAGUCCUCUUUUCUUGUCCCAGGAUGGAGCUGAUCCAGUAACCUCGGAGAUGGGACCCUACCCAGAGCUGAGUUGGGGGUGUGGCUCUGCCCUGGAAAGGGGGUGACCUCUUGCCUCGAGGGGCCCAGGGAAGCCUGGGUGUCAAGUGCCUGCUGCACCAGGGGUGCACAAUAAAGGGGGUUCUCUCUCACUUGGCUUGUAUCCAAAGGCUACUCCAGGCCCUGCUGCCCCCACCAUCCCCGCUGCUGGGCAUGGGGGGAGUGUCUGGGUCACCCUGCAUCACUUACCUCCAGCUGGCCAGAUCCCUCAGGCCCCCAGUCAGACCAGCGGCCAUCUUCUGGCACCCUCCCUGCUCCCUGGAGGGUCUGAGAGCCCAGGGGGACCAGGGGAAGACGUGGCUGAUGGACAGGCUCUGAGGGCACAGGGUGUGACAGCCAUCCAGAUGGUGACCCCAGCUGCUCUCUGGGGAUGUACUGGGCAGGCUUGGCUUCGGGCCAAGAUCCAGACACUGCCCCCGCUACCCCUCAGUGGUCAGGGAAACUGGCUGGGGGGAAGUUGGGUGUCUCAAGGAGCAAGGGUCUGCCCAUCCCUGGGCAGGGGCUGGGCAGGGUAGGGAAAAUAGCUUUCCUUUCCUUCCUGGUGAAGGAAAAAGAGGCCACUUUAACCCAGGGAAUGUGCACGCUGGUCCCAUUCCCACUACGUGCUGCAGCUUACGUGUGGGGGAGGGUCCAGGCCAUUUGGGGUCAGGCAGUGUCUCUAGGGGCCAGGGACAGUCUGUGCCCUUGCUUGGGUCUUGGGUAGGGGUCUGGGAGUUGGGGGCCUCCUGGGGCCUCGUCAAUGUAGUGGUCAGUCCUGGGGGAAGUCCAGUGUUGGCGGUUGGGGGUGGGAGCAGAAUGGUGACACAGCCCCACCUCAGAAGCCUGGUCUGUGCUGGGCCUGCUGGACCCCUGAGCCCCACCACGGGGAGUAAGGGGGACAGCAGUGGAAACUGGGCUUCCUGGAAGGGGUGGAUGGAGUGCCACAGGCAGCCCAGGGCACAAAGGCAGGGCCACAGGCAGCUGUGGUUUGGGUGGCCCUGGGCUGCCCCGCUCACUGGCUCACUGGUCACGAGCUUGUGAAUGCCACGGAGCACGGCCGAAGCCCAGGUGUAAAGCUACUCCCUACUCCCGCCCUUGAGCGGCUGAGCUGCUGAUUCAUGGCAGGAGGGCGGGGCAGAAGGCCCUAGGGAUCCUGUUACCCACCAGCCCAGUGAGCUCCUGGGGUGCCCCCACAUCCCUUCUGAGACCCAGGUUCCUGGGCUGGGGAAGGGGUGUCAGGGUGGGGCUUUGCCCUCCGGAGCAUCUGGUCCAGGAUGGGGCCAGACCUAUGGGAGGACAACGCCCACACAGAGGGGUCGGGCUGAGGGCCCCAGCAGGUCCCCAUCCCUGCUGGAGAGAGUGCAGCCACUCUCAGCCUGGGCUUUGCAGGACAGGACAGGCAGGGGUGGGAUGGGCAGGGGCACCAGUACUUGCAAUGCUUGGAGCAGGCACCCCACAGAUGGGGGGAACAGGGGGAGGACCUGGGGGUCCAAAAGGGCCCACGGGGACCUAUGGGACUGUGAGGCCCGGGGUCAGUGGCCACAGGGGUGGGGUUGGGGAUGCAGCCUGAGGAGUUUGGGGGAUCCCUCCGUGUAGAAAGAGGGAUACAGGCAGGACAGGUGCAGAUGGGCCCCCCGUUGGGGGACGGAUCAGGCGCAGUGGUAGGGCAUCCUUGGGGGCGGCCUGGGAAGUUGACCCUGGGAACACAGGGCUCAGCCCGACUUGAGGCUGCGGAUAGAAGUCAGCGGUCAGGCUGUCAAAGAUGGGCCCUGCGCCCUGGAACCGUGGGGAGUUAGGACGGGAGCCCGGGGGCUCCUGCUGGGAUCCCCCAGGGCAGGGAAGUUCAGCCAAAGGGGGGAGGCUGGCAGGGGUAUCUCCGCGCCGCGUCCGGCCCUUUAUGGGGACGAAGCUGCGGGGCGGCGCUCCCCUCCCCCUGCGCUUCCCCCUAGGCUCCGGCCCUCCCCCGGCGGCGGCCGCCUCGGGUUUCCGGAGGGGCCGGAGGGCGGGCGAGGGCGUCACGUGCGCGCCGUCCGCGGGCCGGUUGGUCCCCGGGCGGGGGAGGGGCUGUGCGCAGCCUGGGUCGGGGUCCGGCCGGGGUCGGCACCUGGGACAUCCUUGAGGGAAGGGGCCGGGAGCAGGAGCGCCCCAGCGGCGGGCGGGCGGGCGGACCAGCGGCGCAGAGCCGGCCCGGGGCGCGCGCCGAGGGAGCCCCGUCCCCGGUCGUGGGGGCACCGCCCGCAGGCUCUGCGGGGUGGGCAGCUCCCGGGCCUGCCAUGAGCUCUCCGUCGCCCGCCCGCAGUGGCUUUUACCGCCAGGAGGUGACCAAGACGGCCUGGGAGGUGCGCGCCGUGUACCGGGACCUGCAGCCCGUGGGCUCGGGCGCCUAUGGCGCGGUGUGCUCGGCCGUGGACAGCCGCACCGGCGCUAAGGUGGCCAUCAAGAAGCUGUAUCGGCCCUUCCAGUCCGAGCUGUUCGCCAAGCGCGCCUACCGCGAGCUGCGCCUGCUCAAGCACAUGCGCCACGAGAACGUGAUCGGGCUGCUGGACGUAUUCACUCCUGAUGAGACCCUGGAUGGCUUCACAGACUUGUGGGGGAGAAGCGGCAGGGAGGACCCACCCUGCCCCUGCCCUGCAGCCGACCACCCCGGGACUCACACCUUGUCGGCCAAGAGUGAAGGGCCAGGCCAAGGAAGGCCUGGAGAGGGCAGCAGGCGCCUCCUGCCUGACUUGCAGAGUUACCUGGUGAUGCCGUUCAUGGGCACUGACCUGGGCAAGCUCAUGAAACAUGAGAAGCUAGGCGAGGACCGGAUCCAGUUCCUCGUGUACCAGAUGCUGAAGGGGCUGAGGUAUAUCCACGCUGCCGGCAUCAUCCACAGAGACCUGAAGCCUGGCAACCUGGCUGUGAACGAAGACUGUGAGCUGAAGAUCCUGGACUUUGGCCUGGCCAGGCAGGCAGACAGUGAGAUGACUGGGUACGUGGUGACCCGGUGGUACCGAGCUCCCGAGGUCAUCUUGAAUUGGAUGCGCUACACGCAGACGGUGGACAUCUGGUCUGUGGGCUGCAUCAUGGCGGAGAUGAUCACAGGCAAGACGCUGUUCAAGGGCAGCGACCACCUGGACCAGCUGAAAGAGAUCAUGAAGGUGACAGGGACGCCUCCGGCUGAGUUUGUGCAGCGGCUGCAGAGCGAUGAGGCCAAGAACUACAUGAAGGGCCUCCCCGAAUUGGAGAAGAAGGAUUUUGCCUCCAUCCUGACCAAUGCAAGCCCUCUGGCUGUGAACCUCCUGGAGAAGAUGCUGGUGCUGGAUGCGGAGCAGCGGGUGACGGCGGCCGAGGCGCUGGCCCAUCCCUACUUCGAGUCCCUGCACGACACGGAAGAUGAGCCCCAGGUCCAGAAGUAUGAUGACUCCUUUGACGACGUGGACCGCACACUGGAUGAAUGGAAGCGUGUUACUUACAAAGAGGUGCUCAGCUUCAAGCCUCCCCGGCAGCUGGGGGCCAGGGUCUCCAAGGAGACGGCUCUGUGAAGAUCUCUGGGCUCCGGGGUGGCAGUGAGGACCACCUUCACCUUCCACCUGAGAGGGGACUCUCGUUGCCACCUUGACCCUGGCUGGGGCUUGCAUCCCAAGGCAUCCAUCAGAGCAGACCCCCAGGUUCCAUGGACCCUCCUCCCCACGGCCAUGCCUCUGCUCUUGGGCACCCAUCAUGGAGGAGCACCUGAACCUUCUGGACAGGAUCUCUGGCCGACCUGGGGAUGGCCUCUGAUCCCUGGAGCAGUGGCCCACUUGCCCGGUGCCCUCAGAAACCUGGGAGCUGGUGGGGCUCCAGAUCAGGCCUUGGCCUCUGAGUCCUGCCUACUCUGGGCCAUACAGAGGAAGGAGGAAGGACAGAGGGUGGGCGCAGGGCACCAACUCAGGGACAUCCCCUCUCCUGGGCGACGUCAGUGGACCUUCCUGUACCCCCAGCCUGGAAUGUAAAUCAGCUGUGUGGUGCCCACGUGGCUGGAAGGAAAUAGACCGUUUUUGUAGCUCCCU